UUCCCGUUCCUCCUCCACCUGAAGCUGGGCCCCGCACCCUUCGUUUCUCACUGUCACAUGGUCCCAUUGAUACCGGGAGCCACUGACUGGCAGGCCCCACGUUCUCCCGCCCGCUUCCUCUCCAUCACACCCUCUCCUCCGAGCCGCCCCCGCUUUUCUCCUCCCGCGCCCCUCCGCGAGCUCCCUGCCCCUCGCGCUCCCGCCGGCGACAAGCUCCCGCCAGAGUGAGGUAGAUCAGGGUGCUGUGCCGGCACGCGUGGAAGGGAUGGAGGGCCUCGCGGGUUCGCGUGGCGGCGGGGGGUGCGGUGGUCUUGACGCGCAGAUCGAGCAGCUCAUGGAGUGCCGCCCGCUCGCAGAGACGGAGGUUAAAACACUGUGUGAGAAGGCCAAGGAGAUAUUAAUGGAGGAAAGCAAUGUUCAGCCAGUUAAAAGCCCUGUGACAAUUUGUGGUGAUAUUCAUGGCCAAUUCCAUGAUCUUGUAGAACUUUUCCGGAUUGGUGGGAAGUGUCCAGAUACGAAUUAUUUGUUUAUGGGUGAUUAUGUGGAUCGUGGCUAUUACUCUGUUGAGACAGUAACGCUUUUGGUUGCACUUAAGGUGCGGUACCCACAACGCAUCACAAUUCUUCGUGGAAACCAUGAGAGUAGGCAGAUCACACAGGUGUAUGGCUUCUAUGAUGAAUGCCUACGAAAAUAUGGCAGUGCAAAUGUCUGGAAGAUCUUCACUGAUCUUUUUGAUUAUUUUCCGUUGACAGCAUUGGUGGAAUCAGAAAUUUUCUGCCUCCAUGGCGGUUUAUCUCCAUCCAUAGAGAAUCUUGAUAGUGUUCGUAGUUUAGAUCGUGUCCAAGAGGUCCCUCAUGAGGGACCUAUGUGUGACCUUCUAUGGUCUGAUCCAGACGAUCGAUGUGGCUGGGGCAUAUCUCCUCGGGGCGCUGGAUACACUUUUGGCCAAGACAUAUCGGAACAGUUUAAUCACACCAACAAUCUUAAACUUGUAGCUCGGGCUCACCAGUUGGUUAUGGAGGGAUACAACUGGGCACAUGAACAAAAGGUGGUGACCAUAUUCAGCGCACCUAAUUACUGUUACCGGUGUGGCAACAUGGCAUCCAUCCUCGAGGUUGAUGAUUGCAGGAAUCACACAUUUAUUCAGUUUGAGCCAGCUCCUAGGAGAGGUGAACCAGAUGUGACACGGAGGACACCUGAUUAUUUCCUUUGAGUUAUCUGCCAUACUAUUUCAGAUUUUGUCAAUAUUGCAAUAGUGAUGCUGGUCAGUAACAUUUUUGUUGGAUCUAUAUGGUAACUUAACCGACCAGCAACAGUAAGAAAAUGUGGAAGCUGCUUAUCUGCAUUUGUCAUUGCAAGAGGUUCUAUCAGAUCAACCUACAUCCCAAGCUGUCAAAAGAUCCGCUUGUCUACCCAGUGGUGAAUUGGCACCUCCCUUGGGCUUUGGCCCCAUAGACCUUCACUGUUUCGAAGGGCGUUGGGACGUCGGAGCUUACAUUUUCAGCGUAAGUUGCCUCAGUUCUGUCUUCUGUGUCAGCUAGUUUUGUGGUUGUGUGAUUGUUAGUUGUAACUUCUGUGAUUAAAUGACAACAGACAAGCUGAUCUUGUUGCGAGAAUUGGAAACAAUUCAAUGAUUCUGCUAGUUCUUCCUUUGUUUCUUUAUCCAUGCCCUUGAUACACGAGUGUUAGCCACUCUCAUGUAGCAGCAACACGUUACAGUCAAGUUCGCAUGUCAUUUUUAUCAUGUUAAUGCUCAUGGUAAGGUAAUUAAAUGAACAAUGUUUGCUUCC